UUUGCAAUUAAAAAAAUGCUAAAAUACAAAUAUAUACCACCGCACAAACUUAGAUCACAAUCACAAAAUCCCACACCGGAACCCACGCCUCGUCUCACCAAUAAAUCUGCACAAUCCGUCUCACCGUAUAUUCUACAAAAUUCCAGCGACUACUAUGGCAGCGCCAAUUCGCUUGCCAGCACCACUCACAACAACACACCGCAUAGUCUGCAACGCAACGCGGAAGUACGCGGCUCCAACAACUCUCUGACCUCUUCAGCGGGCGGCACCAUACGCUCGCGCAAAACUCGCAAAGCACCCGCGCCACCCACACCGCUCGCCAAGGAGCUCUUCCCUGCGCCUACAUCCACCACACUGUCCACAACCGCUGGUGAUCGACAGACGGAUAGCUCGAAAGCAUCUACACCCAGCUCGAGCACUGUUGGCACACCGAAGUUAGGUCGCAAAAAACGUCCUGCGCCAGCGCCACCAAAACCUGCGCGACUCGAUCCCACUUUACUACAAGCGGAGCAGCAGCAACCACAACAACAGCAACAGCACACAAAUGGCACGGCGUCAAAAAACUCGCUUAAUUACCCUCUGCAAGGCGAACAAUCCGACUCGAAGUUAUCCGACGAAGAAAAAGCUUUGUUGGAGGGUAAUCAGCUGUCAGUGGACAGCUUAAAGUUGCCAGUUGGCGCGGUGAUCAACAGCACAGCUAGUCAGCGUAGUUCACGUCGUGUCAUACCGCUCGACGCUAGCCUGCUGGAAGACGAACAGGACGCUGAUGCGAGCGCUCAAACCAAUAGCGACGGCGAUGCCAGCGGCAAAUGCGAUGACGCCAAGCAAAAGCAACAGCUAUUGCGCUAUAGCGAGCAGGAGGAGUCGAAUGUCGUGUAUCGACGUGUCCUUGUGCCACCUAGCAUGGAGACGCCGACGCGCGAAUCGAAUCCGCUGCUCGAAGGACUACACGAUCGCCAGCUCGAGAAGUUGAAGGACAACAAGGAGGCGCAAAAUCGCAAUCGACAAUCACAAAUAUCCGCUUCGUCCGGCGCAGAAGACUGCGACAUGUCGUCGACGCCAUACAACAAAUCGGCGCAUGGAAAGUGGAAGCGGCGCAAGGGCCCCGCGCCAGCGUUACCCAUACCGCCGCGCAAGGUGUUGCAAAUGUUGCCGCUACAAGAGAUACGCCACGAAUUGGAUAUCAUUGAAGUGCAGCAGCAGGGCCUCGAAAAGCAGGGUGUUAUAUUAGAGAAAAUGAUACGUGAUCGUUGCGAGGGACAAAAUGGUGAACUAUUGGGUACAAAUGCUACAGCAGAUGAUGCGCCAGAUGGCAAGAAGCCAUCUAGCAGUGGUGGAGCGGAGCAUGUGCAGAACUCGAAGGAGGUGGAAGAUCUAAUACUGCAACUAUUCGAGCUGGUCAACGAGAAGAACGAACUGUUUCGCCGACAAGCCGAGCUAAUGUAUUUACGUCGCCAGCAUCGCUUGGAACAAGAGCAAGCCGAUUUAGAAUAUGAAAUACGCGUGCUAAUGGCGCAACCCGAACGCAAUAAAACCGAUUCGGAUAAGGCGCGCGAAGAAGCGCUCAUUGCACGCCUGGUGGAGGUGGUACAAUUACGGAAUGAGGUGGUGGAAUGUCUGGAAAUGGACAGACUACGCGAAGCCGAAGAAGAUUUGAGCAUUAAACAACGCUUAGAAAUGCAUAGCGCGCAGCGUGAAGAAGACACCGACUCGCGAAAAAUUACAGCUAAGCUUUCUAAGAAGGAGAAAAAGAAACAAAAGGAAUCGAAAAAGCUAAGCAAAAGCAAGAAAAUUGAUGCAGACAAGGAUGCUGACGAAUCUGAAUUAAAUAUGGAUAAGCAGAAAUUGAAAAAGAAAAAGAAGAAAUUUCUUUUUUAACCACCAGAAUGGGACGCAUUUCGGGUCGUUGAGUGUAGUAAAUAGUAAGCAGUGUUAGAAAAGUUACAGUGACUUACAGCCGCCUUGUGAUACAUUUAUGACGAAAAUUAAUUUGAGAAAAAUAUUGCAUAUAAUUUGUAAAAGUAUAGUUCCGAAAGAAAAGCAAAGUUCAAGCGUUUAUUAACACGCUAGACAUUGGACAUUGCAUACCCUUCUCGUUUACUAACAAUUUAGGCAUGCUUAGUGGGAAGCAUUACAUUGUCGCCGCAUUUAAACGAUUCCAUGCUCGUACUUUUCAUCUUACGCUAAUUUCUCAUAUAAUUACAAUUUCAUUGGCAUUAAAUUUAAAAUAUAAAUCUAAUUUGUAAAAAAAUUUAUAUUUUAAUUUUAUUUUGAUUUUCAUUGCUCUAUUGAAAUCUCAGCAUUUUCAGUUUAAUUAAAUAAGUACGUACACCUGUCUUCAGACUAUUUUAAUAAUUAUUAAUUACAAAUAUGAAUUACUAACAAAAUUAUUUUUAAACUUAUUUACACACAGUGUUACGUUGAUAAUAUUAGCUAAAUAUAAGCUUAAAUAUAUAUUAAAAAAAAGAUAUAUUUUGCAUGUAUUAUAUACUGUCAAAUUAAACCUUACAUACAUACAAUCGUACAUACCUAUA